AUGAGCAUCUCAUGUGUGACUCUGGCUGAGGUCCUGCAGCUGAAGGGAAGCCCUUUGGAGGAAGAAGAUAUAUGGGCUCUCUUACAUCUGGGUACAGAAAAUCUUCUCCAGGACCUGCCCAAAGAUCCACUUACCCAUGUGAUUUGCCCAUGGUCAAUGGUACUUUCAGCCAGAGGAAGUUUGUCUUUCCAAGACAAUAUGUCUCACCAAGAGGCUGCCCCUUUCAGGGCACCAGAACUGCUCCAAGGACAGAGUAAAAACAAGCAUGUUGGAUUGACAAAGAUGCUGGUGUAUUCGUUGGGAAUGACCCUCUAUUGGUCAGCAGAUUAUCAGGUUCCUCCAAACCAGUCCCUUCAGCUGAGUGAUCAGUUGCAUGCCCUGCUGCUAAAGCUGUGUGAAGAUCUGCCGCAUAAAAGACUUUCCCCAGAGUCCAUUUUGGAGGCAUGUGAAGUGCACCAGAAGGAAUCUUCCUCUUCUCCUGCAAGUGUUUACAUCCAGAGAAUGGUCAAAUUUGUGCUAGGAAGCAUCACUGAGGUAGAACAGGUAGUCACUGAAGACAGCCAGCUGAACAGAAGCCAUGUGAUAAGGAAAAGGCUGCAUGAGAAAGCAUCUGACAGCUCAGCAUUGCCCUCCCAGCUGAAUUUUCAUCAAGGGGCCAGGUUACUGAAUUAUAGUCAGUCGGCAGAGGAUUACAGACAACUCUCUGUGGAUUAUUGUGACUCCAGUAGCAUUUCGGAGAGCACAUCUUUGAUACUGUCAAACAGGGGCCGCAGGAGAGGGAGAGCUCCACAGGCACAGCAGGCGUGGGACCCAAACCGGAGUGGGUCGAGGACACACAGUAGCUACAAGCUCUUCAUUAACAGAUCAGCAAGUGCUGUGGAUGAAAUCCCUGCUGGAACUCAGAAGAACGACAAGCCCAACCUUCUGAAUUUAGGCUCUACCUUCUCGGUGUCUGCCAAGGACUCGUUAGCAGCUGCUGCAUCUCUGAGGUGCAUGUUCCAAAGGAAAGAAAAGUUUUCAGGGCCAGAAUUUAUCAUUCUGUCCAGUGAACCACCAGUGACCUUACAAUUGCCUGGAUCCAUUGUGACUAAAAAAGGGAAAUCCUAUUUGUCUCAAAGGGACCUCAGUGUGAUUCUGCUCAGUGGGCAGUGCCUUGAGGUGAAAUGUGACAUCAAGUCGAAGACGAGAGAUGUCUUCAAUACAGUCGUGGCCUACGCAAACCUGGUGGAACAUUUCUACUUCGGCUUAGCUUACCUGAAAGGUAAAGAGUUUUUCUUUUUGGACGAUGAGACCAAACUCUACAAAGUGGCCCCAGAGGGCUGGAAUGACCAACCCAAGAAGAAAACCUUCAUCAUUAACUUCACGCUCUUUCUGAGGAUAAAAUUCUUCGUCAACCACUUUAACGUCAUCCAACAUGGUCUGACAAGGCAUCAGUUUUACCUGCAGCUUCGUAAAGAUAUUCUGGAGGAGCGGCUGUACUGCAAUGACGAGACCUCCCUGCAGUUAGGUGCUUUAGCCUUGCAGGCAGAACUUGGAAAUUAUGCUCCCGAGAUGCAUGGGAAGAACUAUUUUCGCGUUGAAGACUACGUUCCCGCGAGCCGGAUAGAGAAAAUGACCCUGACGUGCAUACAGCGAGAACUCGCCAAGCUGCACCGCAUGAACCACUCCCUCUUUGAAGAUGAAGCCGAGCUGGAAUUUUUAAGGGUGACUCAGCAACUCCCGGAGUAUGGGGUGCUGUUCCAUCGGGUGUCCCAAGAGAAGAAGGCAGCCGGAGGGGACACUGUCCUGGGAAUCUGUGCCAAGGGCAUCAUUGUGUACGAGAUGAAAAACCGCACCAGAAUUGCCAGUUUAAGAUUUCAAUGGAGGGAAAUGGAGAGGAUUUCAGCUCACAGAAGAAAGUUCAUGAUCGAAAGCAACUUCAGUGGCAAAAAACACACGUUCGUCACUGACACGGCAAAGACUUGUAAAUAUAUACUGGACCUCUGCUCUGCCCAGCACAAAUUUAAUGCCCAGAUGCAUUCCAGGCAGCUUCAGCAAGCUUCGUCUGAGGACAGCAAGUUUAUGGAAAUAGUCAAAUCAAAUUCUGCGUAUGCAACUCAGCACGAACAUCUUGCCCUGAUUCAGAGACUAUCCUGCUCAGAAAAUGUGCUGUACGGGGCUAACCUGGAGCACAUGUCUGCUGGGAUGAUGAGCAAGUCUUGCGAUAACCUCAGCGUGGAAACCAACAAUGGGAUUGGGGACAAAAGCAAUCUAGGCAGUUCCCACUCUGGAUUGUCCCAGUCAGAAGUACACAUUAGUUUGAAUGAAAAACGACGGAGUUAUGACUAUCUCUCUCUCCAUUCAACUCCAAAUACAGCCAGCAGUGAUCGGCUGCUGGAGGUGGACGGGAUCAGCCUCUGUGGCAUCACGCACAAGCAGGCUGUGGAAUGCCUGAAGAAAUCUGGCCAGGUUGUCAGGCUGCUUCUAGAAAGGGGACGUCACAAAUCUGCAGAGCCGUGUCCAGCUGCUAAAGACAGAACGGAGGAGAAAUCUGUGAUCGUUUCCUUGGCAACGCCCUUGUCAGCAAGUCCCAACGGCUACUCCUUUGCAACAGAUGAUAAUACGUUUGAAGUCAAGCUGAUGAAGAACUCUGGAGGCCUCGGCUUCAGUUUUCUGCAGAUGGAAAGAGAGGCUUGCGAACACCUCGGAGGAGAGAUUGUGAGGAUCAAAAGACUGUUUCCAGGGCAGCCAGCUGAAGAGAAUGGAGAGAUUGAAGUCGGAGACGUUAUUUUAGCUGUUAAUGAGAAACCUAUUCAAGGACUCUCGUAUCAGACCCCAGUGCCUUCUCCGGUUAAGGAGUUUGGGACCAUGACACCAGCUACCCCAGAGCCCAGUGGUGGCGCGUCUCACGCUGCUAGUGAGAGGGACAGUACCUCUCCAGAACUGGAAGACCAUAUGGAUUCUGAAGCAGUGGCCUCUUGCGGUGACCCUCCUGAGGAGGAGAACUUUUCUCCUGAGGAGCAGGACACGGAACCUUUCCAAGAGAAGCCACAUGACAGGCCUGGAGCCCACAGUGAGCGCUCCUACAAGCACCUCUGGAAAUGGCGUCGGGAAGCCAUUGCCUCUGAGACGUUCCUGUCUCUGGAGGAAGAGGUGAUGCAGAACUGCUACUCACCAUGUGAGAGCGGAAGGGCUGAAAGCCCUGCCUUUGAGAGGAGUGAUGAUGACCUCGCCAGCACCUAUUGCAUCCCUGACAAUCUCUCCCCCACCCCAGCUGAUGAGGAGUAUCUCACGCUCAGCUCCACAUCUUUGACCUUGCUCUCAUGUGGCGGGAGCUCAGACACGGCCUCCACCACUAUCGCCACCCCGCAGCCACGUGGCCCUUUCUCGGCCCCCUUCCCUGCUAGAGAACCGGGCAGUAGUGACAACGAGUGGGAGGACUUUGAGGAACUAGAGGGAGAGGAGAAGGAAGAGGAAUAUACCAUGGAAACGGAGGUGCUUGUCACUGUGACAAGAUCAAAGAACAAUUGUUAUGGAUUCACGGUGGUUCCUAACAAACUGGACAACUGCCUGUAUGUGGAGGAAAUCCUGGCUGAGCCUAUCCUGUCUGAUGGAAGACUGAGAAGAGGGGACAGACUCAUUAUGGUGAAUGGCGUUGAUGUCACAGCAUUCUCCUUUGAUGAAACCCUGGCGUUGCUGCACAGCUCUUCUCACGAUUUGAGCCUGGUGGUUGGCCGGGUUAAGGAGGACCCCCAUGCCUCUGUUAGACCAGAUGAGAUUCCUGAAAUCACUCUCACAAAAGACGACAAUGGACAACUGGGCUUGAAGUUAACAGGAGGAGCCGGGAGCAAAUUGCAGGGUAUCUAUGUGCUUGAGAUCGUGCCAGGCUCUCCCGCCAGUAUAGAAGGCAGCUUGCAGCCACGGGAUCAGAUUGUCUACAUCUGCGGGCUAUGGACGGAGGGCCUCAGCCUGGACGAUGCAGUGCGAGUGUCAAAGCACCCGGAGGAAGAAAGUGGUUGGGUUGAGCAAAGCACAUCUGACUCAGCAGAUUAUGAGGACUGCAUCAUUAAGAUUGAGCUGGAGAAAACAGCCAACGGGAGCCUGGGAUUUGCACUGGUAGGUGGCAGAAAUGGCCGGGCUAUCCUAAUUAAAGCCAUCAGCCCAGGAAGUAUCGCUGAUCUCGACGGGAGGCUUCAAGUGGGUGACAUCUUACUAAAGGUGAAUGGAGAUUUAAUGUCUGGUUUGACGCGCAAUACGGUGAUCGACCUCUUACGCAAGGCAGAAGGCACCGUUCAGCUCACUGUCUGCCGAAGCGCGGCAUUGCAUUGGGCUUAUUCAGGCAGCCAGCGUGAUACUUCUUCCCUCCAGAGCACAACAGCCCAGUCGGUCUCUUCUCCACAGGGCUCGGAAGCUGCAUUAGGUGCUGACCUGGAAGGAAGAGAUGAACAAGGUAGCGAGGGAAACCUAGAAGCCGAGCACUCAUUCACUUUCAGAGGAGGGGAAGAGGAAUCCAGCCAGAUGUGCAGCAAGCAUGUCUUGAGCCCAGUCUCCUUCAAGCAGGAUUCAGAAAGUAAAUGCGGUUCACCCCUGCAAAGUCAAUCAACUGAACUGGAGUAUGAGGCAAAUGCAGACAGAUCACAGAAAUACUCCAGGUGUGAGAGCAGCCUUAGAACAGACAGUCAGGAGUCUGAGACUGACAGCUGGAUGAGUGAGGAAGAUGAAGUGUCCCGGCGGAUUUCCGUUCUACCCAGAGGCAGAACACUUGUUUCUGAAGACGAGCUGACUCAGCUGACUCACAUUAUGCCAUCGCUGACUGGGGUAGAUCUGAGGUCUCGUCUCAGAGUUCUGAUACAGAACCUUCGGAGGCAGAUUGAAGAGCAAGAGAUCCUGAAAGAGUUUGUGGCUUUAGAACACAUGAAACCACUCGAUGGCUGCCGAGUUGGGAAAGCGCCAGAAAACCGGGAGAAAAACAGAUACCGAGAUAUCCUUCCAUAUGAUGCGACACGGGUUCCUCUUGGAGCAACCAGGGGCUAUAUUAAUGCAAGUUACAUCCGAACGCAUAUUGGAGAAGAGGAACAUUUCUAUAUUUCAACACAAGGGCCUCUGCCUUGCACUGUGGCUGAUUUCUGGCAAAUGAUUUGGGAGAACGAGUCAGAUGUGAUUGCCAUGAUGACGAAAGAAGUGGAGCUUGGAAAAGUCAAGUGUCACAGAUACUGGCCUGAAGCUCCACAGCACUCGCUAGACCUCAGUGAGUUCCAUCUCAGGCUGGACAACUACCAGAUCUUGGAAUAUUUUAUCAUCCGAAUAAUAGAAAUAAUUAACAAGCAGACAGGAGAGAGACGCUUCGUAAAACACUUGCAGUUUACCACUUGGCCAGAUCACGGUACUCCCAGACUGAUAGAGCAUCUCGUAAAAUUCAUUCGCUACAUGAGAAAAAUUCACCAGACGGGCCCCAUAACAGCCCACUGCAGUGCUGGGAUUGGAAGGAGCGGGGUUCUGCUUUGUAUUGAUAUUUUGCUGAGCUGCAUUGAAAAAGAUCUAUGUUUCAACGUCAAGCAGAUAGUGAGAGAGCUGAGGCAUCAGCGAUUUGGCAUGAUUCAAACCAAGGACCAGUACCUGUUCUGCUACGAAGUAGUGCUGCAAGUACUGCAGAACAUUGAAGCCAUGGAAUCCCAUCUCCUCCAAUAAAAAUCUCUGCUAUUGCCACUCGUCUUGGAGACCCCCCUCUUACUUGAGACUUAUUCUAAUGGGCUGUCAGACCAGCAUGGACAGGCGCUGUACUGCGUGCACUAUCUUGCUUGUCACACUGUGUUAGGAAAUGUUGAUUUCUAAAGCAUUUCUAAACCAGCAUAAAGUAGGUUGGUAAAUUAUUUAUACGCUGGCUCACUGGUAAGUUGCCACAGAGAGUAAUUUGGAUGUCCCGUGUAACAGCAUAUUGGUGGCCAGGAGAAUGUCUUUGGCUAGUGGCUAGGAAGUAACGUACACUGUCAAGGACUGCAGCUGUAUUCAGUUAGCUUUAAUAUCGGAAGGGCAGCUAAGAAGCUCUGAGAUCAUGACUGUUUCAAGUUGAAGGUCAGUUGUCUCUCUCAUGUCACUCUAGACUUUUGCUCCUGUAUUUUGAAUCAGUAUUCUCUGCUCCCAGUGAUGCUCUCAAGGGGGGUGCCAAUUCAUUUGCUUCUGGUUGUUUGAACAACUUAGAGCCAUUUUCUACCAUCAUUCUAGCUUUAGGUGGAAGUUUUCAUAAAUAAAUUGAUGGCGGGACAUGAUCCCAAAGCUCUAGUGAGCUAGUUUUAGAGCAGGCAGAGAGCUCCAACAAUUGGAAUGGAUGGCUGUUUUCCCCUAGCAAUAUCAGCUGUGUAGAUAUCAUUAGCUCCUUUCAUUCUGUACCCAUGUCAAAAGGAAAGUAUUACUAAGCCAGCUCUGUGAGUGUGUGUAUAUAUAACUGUCACACUAAACAUGCAAUUCUUCCCUUCCCAUUGAUUUACUACCUAAUAGUCCCUUAUUUAGGGCCUGAUCCAACUCCAGUUCAACUUGAUGGAAAGCUCCAUUGAUUUUGGGGGUAGGGGGGUUGAAUCUGGUCCUUAAGCAACAUUAAAUAGCUCUGUUGUACUAUACACUUUUUUGUGAAAGCUGGUUCAUUUUCUGCAAGUUCCAGUUUGAGCAAAUCUCUCCUGUUUUUCCCUUCCCUCCCUUCCCCUCCAAUUCAUCCCAUGAGACUGAAAUCUGCAUUAAACUGGAAAACUCUCUGGGAUAUCUUACCUACCUCACAGCCUGGGGCAUUGUGGGGGUUCAUUUGUUCAUGUUUGUAAAUUGCAAACUACUGCUAUGAUAUUACUGUAACUCGUUUGCCUAGAGGGUUAUAUUUAUGGAAGUAGAAUUAUUAGCUAUGCAACAGAAGAUCACCUUCUGUUAAAAACAGGCAACACAGUGGUGAAAUAUAUUAACAGCAAUGUGUGUAUAAAAACUGCUUCCUUGACUUCAAGACAGUAGUAAUAUUAAGAGGUAUUUGCAUACAAAGCCACUCUGCAAGCUAUAAGAUAAUAAAUACUCUUGUUUCAUUUUAUUAUGGAUCAGAAUGAUAGAUUUAUGGCAGAAGACGAAUAUGACAUUAAAUACAACUUAAAAGCUUGACUUUCAGAAAAAUGCAUCUUUAUAAAGUUAUUCUAAGAUUCCAGGUCAAUUUCUCCUUUCUGCUCUCAGCUACCCUGGACUAACCCAAGAGUAGAAUUUACAACAUAAGCCAGAUGCUGAUUCAGUCACAGUGAUAGAAAUCCAGAACUCCUAUUAAGUCAUUGGAGCAACUCCAGAUUUACACUGCUGUAAAUGAGAACAGAACCUGGUGUUCUAACUUGAAUUAACUGAGUUUGAGCCUUCUAGAAAGCAUUAUUCUCCAUGCAUUAUGAAUUUGUUUUACUCUCUGCAUGCUGCAUCUAGAGUAGCCAUUAUUUGCACAGAUUUGUCAAGCAUCGUUAGCCAAAUGUUCAUAAAUCUGUUACCUCUAUUGGGUUUUGGCCUUUCACUUUGGUUUUAUUUACUGCACUGUACAUGUAUUGCUAUGUAAGAUAAAAUUGCACAACCUAAUGCACAA